UAUAUGUUAAGUGUACUUUAGAGUGGACCAAAGUUGUGCGAAAAAAGUGCCAAAUUUGGUAUUUCAAGCAUUACUCGGUGAAAUGACAGUUGUUGUGAUUAAUAUUAUUCUCUGAAAAUAUGAACUCAUUGCAAAAGAAGUGCGAUCAUCAGAAACAUAAAGAUUAUUUCUAUCGUUUGUUAGUUGAUAAAUCCAUACGUGAACUGUGGUGGCUUGAAGCUAACCCUUAUGAAAAUGGUUCAGUUAUCAAGUGUUGGUUGCCAAGUGAAAUCUUUUGGGGUGAUUGAAUUUAAAGCUGAACAAAGUGCAGGUGUAAUCAGAACCUUACAACUGCGUUGAAGGAUCGACUAAAUACAUUUUUAAUUUAAAAAUCCUGCCCGUUUAAGUGAUCUAAACUCAAAAAUACAACUUCAGCAUCUAAAUCAAUAGUAUAAGAAAUUAAAAAAAACUCACCAUAAUACUAUAUGUAUUUGUAAGGUUUAUACUACACCCUUACGAUGUUUGAAUUGAAGAUUCGAUCACCCCUAAAGGAAAACAACCUCUAUUUCUGAUGUAAAUCAUUUCUUACGGGCUAACCAACGGUCUUGACAGAUUUCUACUAAAUUACGUAUACAUUCGUUAAUUGAUCAAUGAAUCAUAGCUUAUUCUAGAGUUAAUAUGAAUUAUUUGAUACGUUAUAGAUUGAAAUUCCCGAGUUCACCAACUUUGACCCACUCUAGUGUACUUGCUCGCUUUUCCUUGGGAUUUCCUUUCAAUUCAGUGGAGUUGAGUGGAGUGGAGUUGCGCUGCGCUACCAUGCUGCGUUCUUCUGCGAACUUGUGGAGUUGAUCUGGUUCUCGCGGGUCGCCGCGUGUGCGGUGCGGGGCGAUCGAUCUUUGGGGAGCUGCACGCCAGACUUAGCAAGUGAUCUGUUCUGUUGGCAUGGACGGACCCCAGUCGAGAAUCGAGAUUCAUUCUUUCGCUGGACUUGCCGUGGAACGGUUUGGUUUUCGCAACCAGCUGAGCGCUACGCUGCAAUCGUUCUGGCCUCGGUCGUGAAGAAGAAGAAGAAGAAGAAAAGGGACGGACGGACGGACCUCCCCCGUUCUAGCAGUAGUGUGAACUCAGCAGAACUUGGAUCUAGUACCGUGCGGGCGACGACGGUGGAAGAUCGCUGAGGGAAGGCAGAACCCUUUGUGCUGUAGUGUGCUGGACACGGAUUGACGUUGAAGGAGUUUGAUUUCAACAGGUGAAAACUCAUACGCAAAUUUUGAAGAUUUGAAGUGCAAAAAGUAACAGUUUACGAAGGAGUAUUUUAUUAGUGAAGCAAGGUAAAUUGAUCAGUAGCAGAGUGGUUCUAAGUUUCUCCGAAGAAAGAUAACGAACAACAACAUAUAGAACUGCAGACCACCAGGAAGUGUGAACCCCACCUAACGUCAGCACCGUCCGUAACUGCCGCAGGAUGUCGUCCUGCGCGUGUCCGAUGUCCCCGCCGGUGGGGGCCACUCUGGCGGCCCUCUGCGGUGGAUCGCAGUAUAUGCUUUUCAUGGGACUGCUAGAGGUGUUCAUCCGAUCCCAGUGCGACCUCGAGGACCCCUGCGGCAGGAUGAAGACAAAAACUUCGAGAAGCACGGAUUAUGAGUAUGAUUUCAUCGUAGUGGGUGGAGGUUCAGGAGGCUCGGUAGUUGCAUCUCGAUUGUCUGAAAUUAAGAACUGGAAAGUUUUACUGAUAGAAGCAGGUCCGGACGAGCCGACGGGAGCGCAAAUUCCAUCCAUGUUCCUCAACUACAUCGGCAGCGAUAUCGAUUGGAAGUUUAACACCGAACCGGAGCAGCAUGCCUGCCUGGGAUCGCCGGAACAACGCUGCUACUGGCCCCGCGGCAAAGUGCUCGGAGGAACAUCGGUCAUGAACGGUAUGAUGUACAUUCGCGGAAACCAGGUCGAUUACGAUGAUUGGGAAGCCAUGGGCAACCCCGGAUGGAAGUGGAAGGAUGUUCUGCCUUAUUUCAUGAAGUCGGAGGACAAUCAGCAGAUGAACGAUGUCGAUAAUAAGUUCCACACUACCGGAGGCAUGCUGCCAGUAUCCAGAUUCCCGUACAACCCGCCGUUCUCAUACGCAGUUCUAAAGGGAGGCGAAGAGCUGGGAUAUGCCGUGCAGGACUUGAAUGGUGCCAACUCUACUGGUUUCAUGAUCGCUCAAACCACCAGCAAAAAUGGCAUCCGAUUCAGUGCUUCCCGCGCUUUUCUGCGACCAGCUGUAAACCGACCAAACUUGCACAUUUUGCUCAAUACUACUGUAACUAAAGUGCUGGUACAUCCUACGUCCAAAACCGCUCAUGGCGUAGAAAUCAUCGAUGAGGAUGGUCACAUGCGCAAGAUUCUUGUAAAGAAGGAAGUCAUUGUCAGCGGAGGUGCCGUAAACUCACCUCAAAUCCUCUUGCUCAGUGGUAUCGGACCUAAGGCGCAUCUCGAACAGGUUGGAGUUCGUCCGAUUCAUGACUUACCCGGUGUUGGCCAUAACCUGCACAACCACGUGGCUUACUUCAUCAACUUCUAUAUCAAUGAUUCCAACACGGCUCCUCUAAACUGGGCCACCGCCAUGGAGUACCUGCUGUUCCGUGAUGGUCUCAUGUCCGGAACUGGAGUGAGCGCCGUUACGGCAAAGAUUAGCACCAAGUACGCCGAACGCCCAGAUGAUCCGGAUCUGCAGUUCUACUUUGGCGGAUUCCUUGCCGAUUGUGCCAAGACCGGUCAAGUAGGUGAAUUGCUGAGCAAUGACUCCCGGGCGAUUCAAAUCUUCCCAGCUGUACUGCACCCGAAGAGCCGCGGCUACAUCGAACUCAAGUCGAACAACCCGCUGGACCAUCCCAAGAUUGUGGUCAACUACCUGCAGGAAGAACAGGACGUUAAGGUUCUGGUGGAGGGAAUCAAGUUUGCAAUUCGACUUGCCGACACCGAAGCAUUGCAAGCCUACGGAAUGCAGCUGGAUAGGACACAGAUUAAGGCGUGUCAGGACUUUGACUUCGGAUCCCAGGAAUACUGGGAGUGUGCCGUUCGGCAGAACACCGGUGCUGAGAACCAUCAAGCUGGCUCGUGCAAGAUGGGACCGCUUCGGGAUCCAAUGGCCGUCGUCGACCACGAACUGCGAGUGCAUGGAGUGCGGAAUCUACGGGUGAUCGACGCUUCGGUGAUGCCAAAGGUUACGUCCGGCAAUACCAACGCUCCGAUCAUUAUGAUUGCCGAAAAGGGAGCCCAUCUGAUCCGCCGGGCGUGGGGAGCUCGUUAAUGUUGCCGGAUUAGCGAUCGGUAGUUGAGUGCGGUUUUAGCAUUUAAGACUCGGAAAUCGCCAGUGUAUCGUAACGUGACAGCAGUUCGGAAUAGCUACGUAUCAAACCAAUCCCAGUUGCAGAGACAUUUUCCACGAACUACACGUUUCCCUACCUCUUGUUGUUCCGCAAAGAAAUAGAUCGCGUCAACCAGAUGUAGACCAUUGUGACUGCUACGUGCGCAUUGAAGGAGGGAAGUUGAAUAGCGAUGCCUUAAAUUAUAAAUCAUCAUUCGUAAGAUAUAUAGCUGUAGGAGAUUGGUUCGAUUUCUCCUUGGUUGAGAAGAAGAAUUCAGUUGCUUUACAAACACAUAGGUUCAAAAUCUCCCCUAAAAUUUGCUACAUUUAGAAGUCAUGCCAACAAAAAUUCAGACUAUGUACAGUGAGGUAUUAUUGUCAAUAUCCUUGCGCAAAAAAUCGAUCGACGUUCAAAGUUAAGUACAGGAUUAAAUCAUCAUCAACAUCGAAUAUCAGUGUAUCGUUUCAUCUAAGCAUAAAUUUUCAUGUAAAUUAUAAUAAUUUUAUUAUAAUAAAUAUAAAUUGAAAACUU